AUGGCCACCAACGGUUACCAUCCUGAAGGCACAAACGGCCAUACAAACGGCCAUGCAAAUGGGUGGUCGAGCCCUUCCACCGAAGACUCAGGUUCUUCAAAGCCCAAUCAGGUUCCAAUUGCUAUUUGCGGCAUGGGCAUGAGGUUGCCUGGAGGUGUCCACAAUGCCAGCGACCUGUACAACUUCCUCGCCAACAAAGGUGAUGCUCGGUCUGUUAUCGGAGAAGAUCGCUAUAAUGUUGAUGCCUACUACGAUCCUCAUGGCAAGCACGGCACCAUCAACACCAAGCAUGGUUACUUCUUGAGCGACGUUGAUUUCUCCAUGUUUGACUUGUCGAUGUUCACCCUCACCGCGGCUGAGGCCGAGCAGGUUGAUCCGAAUCACAGAUUGGUGCUCGAGGUAGUCAGAGAAGCUUUCGAGAGUGCCGGAGAGACUGAAUGGCGAGGAAAGAACAUUGGUACUUACGUCGGAAUGUUCAGCGAGGAUUGGCAGGAGCUACAACACAAAGACACCCUUGAGUAUAACCCGUACAGGGUUUUGGGUGGUCUUGACUUUGCUCUGCCCAACCGCGUGGCUUACGAAUAUGAUCUCAGGGGUCCCAGCAUGAGCCUACAAAUGGCCCUCUCUCCCGAAGGCUCAUCCAAGACUUUCGAUGCGUCUGCCGACGGAUACGCCAGAGGAGAAGCUGUGACCGCACUCUACGUGAAGCGUCUAGACGAGGCGAUCAGAGACAAGAAUCCCAUUCGGGCAGUCAUCCGAGGAUCAGCUAGUAAUGCUGACGGCAAGACUCCAGGGCUGGCCGUCCCUAGCCCGGAUGCCCACGAGGCCGUCAUCCGUCAGGCUUACCACAAUGCCGGCCUGACUCUGUCGGAGACCACGAUGGUAGAAGCUCACGGCACUGGGACCAAGAUAGGGGAUCCUCUCGAGACUAAGGCGAUUGCGAACUGCUUCGGUGAUAAGGGUGUCUACAUUGGUGCUAUCAAACCCAACAUGGGCCAUAGCGAAGGCGCUGCUGCCAUCACCAGCAUCAUGAAAGCAGCGCUAUCUCUUGAGAACAAGACUAUCAUCCCAAACAUAAAGUUCACGACUCCAAACCCGGGAAUUCCGUGGAAAAGCGGCAAUUUGACCGUCCCCGUGGAACCUACUCCAUGGCCUGCAAACCGCCGGGAGCGAAUCAGUAUAAACUCGUAUGGCAUCGGUGGGUCGAAUGCACACUUUGUCAUCGAUUCUGCCGCCUCGCUGAGUGCAGAGGCUCCCACGUCUCCACCGCGCUCUGUUGCAGCCAAGAAGCCCCGCAAAAACUUGCUGCUCUUUUCGGCCAACCACCCUGAAUCCUUGAAAAAGGGCGCCAUAAACAUCGAGGAGUAUGUCAAGAACCAUCCCGAUCGUGUUGAGGACCUAGCAUACACCCUUGCGCAAAGACGAGAACAUUUGAAGUUACGGAGCUACUGUAUUGUUCAAGAUGGCACAACGCCUUUUCAAGUCUCGGCACAGUUCAAGUCCCAGGGUCCGCGCCAAGCAGCCUUUGUAUUCACGGGCCAAGGUGCGCAGUGGGUGCACAUGGGCAAAGAACUGAUGCUUGAAUACCCUGGUGAGAUUGCCGCAGCGUACGCUGCGGGUGCCUUGACCGCCAAGGAGGCUAUUAUCGCGGCAUUCUAUCGGGGCUACGUCUGCAAGACCGCUCAACGACUGGGCGGAAUGGCGGCCAUAGGUAUUGGCAGACCUGUGGUUGAAAAGUACCUCCUCCCGGGUGUUCGAGUUGCCUGUGAAAACAGCGCAUCUAGCGUCACCAUCUCCGGGGAUUUGGACGCUCUUGAAAAGACAAUGUCCACGAUCAAAAUCCAGAAUCCGGACGUCUUGGCCAGAAAACUUCACGUUGAAAUGGCAUAUCAUUCCCAUCAUAUGACUCUGGUUGGCGACACCUACUACAGACUCAUCGCAGAACACCUAACCCCCGUGGCGCCAAGGAUUCCCUUCUACUCGAGUGUCAAAUCACAGGUACUGCACGAGGCAUCUGACUUUGGUGCCAAGUAUUGGCAAGAUAACAUGGAAAAGCCAGUCUUGUUCCACUCUGCCGUGAAACAAAUGCUCUCCAAGGCGAAGGACUGUUCCGUACAUCUGGAGGUUGGACCCCACGCUGCUCUAAGCGGUCCUCUGCGACAGAAUUACACCGAAGCUUCAGCGUCGAUCAACUAUGUUUCGACUCUUGUCAGAGAUACUGAUGCUGUCGAUUCCUUCCUACACGCGGUCGGCCAGCUCCAUUCUCACGGGGUUCGAAUUUCUUACCCCUUUGCCUCCGAGACAACCAAAGUACUCACCGAUCUCCCUACGUACCCAUGGCAUUACGACAGGAGCUACUGGGCUGAGACAAGAAUCAUGAAGAACUGGCGAUUCCGGAAGCACCUCCCUCACGACCUUCUGGGCCUUCGAACCCUUGAGGGCAGCGAUGUCUCGCCCACGUGGAGAAAUCUCCUGCGCCUGAAUGAUAUUCCGUGGGUGAGAGAUCAUUGUGUUGGCAGCGAUAUUGUGUUCCCAGGAGCCGGCUACAUUGCCAUGGCUGGUGAAGCUAUUUACCAAAUUACCAAUGUCCGAGACUACACCAUCCGGAAUAUGGAGUUGAGCAAGGCUAUGGUUCUUCACAACGACAAGCCCACAGAGGUCGUUACCAGUCUUCGUCCUCAGAGACUUACCUCGACAUUGGACAGCGAAUGGUACCAAUUCGAACUUGUCUCAUACGAUGGCGGGGCCUGGAACAAGCACUGCUCCGGUCUAGUCCGCAGUGGUCGCGCUUCGCCCAAUCCACCAAAGACAACUCAAAGCCUCGACAGGGAAGUCUCGUCAUCUCGGUGGUACACGACCAUGUCUCGAGUCGGCUUGAAUUACGGACCACACUUCACUGGGCUGAAGAACAUACGCGCCAGCGUCGUCGAUACUAUGGCUGCAGCCGAUAUCACAGACAAGCAAGGCUCUGCCGAGUCUUCAUAUAUGAUCCAUCCUUCAACACUCGAUCUCGUGUUUCAGUCGUUGACCGUAGCGAGCUGCAAGGGCAUCUACAGGACUUUCACAAAGCUGUUUCUCCCAACCUUCAUAGGCGAACUCUACAUCGGCGGCGCCGCCGGGAAGACAAUGCAGGUCAAUACAACUGCUGUCGGCAAGCCGGGCGCGGUCCAAGGAAGCUCCUACGGCACGUCCGAGGAUGAGGUGGUCUUCUAUCUCAAAUCCUUCAAGGGCACCGCGAUGGAAGACUCGGGUGUGGAGAAGUCACCUGAGUUGAAGUCUCUUCAGCUACAAUGGAAGCCGCACUUCGACUUCAUCCAGGCAGGAGAUUUGAUGAAGAUGCAAUACGACAUCAAAGAGCAGAUUCAACAUUUGGAAAGGCUGUAUGUUCUCUGCGCCAUAGAGACGAAGCAUGCGCUGUCUGGUCGAUCAACUGCGCUGCCUCACCUGGAGAAAUAUAGGGCCUGGCUGGAUGAACAGUUCGAUCGAUUUCAGCAACCAGCCUAUCCGCUGGUACCUGAAUCAAUGAAGAUGACCGAAAUGGGCUCAGAGCUCCGCCGGGAGCUUAUCGCACAGUUCUUCGAGAUAUGCAAAGCCUCGGGAGGCUGGGCCCCAGCGACCGCUAUCGUCAGGGCCUUUGAGCAGGCCGUGAACGUCUACGAAGGCCGCACGGACUACCUUGACCUCCUGCUCCAGAACGGAGUCCUCACCGGCAUUUACAGCUGGUACAACGACAUCUGGGACUUCAAGGACUUCAUGCAGGUUCUCGGGCAUACCCAGCCACAGAUGCGGAUCCUGGAGAUUGGGUCUGGGACAGGCGGUCUCACGGCCAAAUUCCUCGAGCAGCUGAAGUCUGAUUACGGAGAGCGUCUUUACCUGAAGUACACGUUCACUGAUAUAUCCUCUGGAUUCUUUGUCCAGGCCAAGGAUCGGUUUGCGGACUACCAGGGAAUCGAAUACAAGGCUCUCGAUAUAUCUAAGAACCCAUUGGAGCAGGGAUUCACUGCGGGCGAGUACGAUCUCAUCAUUGCUUCGAACGUCCUGCAUGCGACCCCAUGGCUGCAUGAAACCCUCACGAAUGUUCGCACAUUGCUGCAGCCGAAAGGACAGCUUUUCUUGCAAGAACUGUGCCCCAUUACAAGAGCGAUGAGCUUCAUUAUGGGACAGUUCUCCGGCUGGUGGCUCAGUGAAGAGGACGGCAGAGUUGGCAGUCCCUUCAUCUCUCCCGAUGAGUGGGAUAGGAGACUACGGGCUGCCGGCUUUGCAGGGUGCGACUCAGUCACCCUAGACAAUGAGCAACCAUACACCUACAAUGCCAAUAUCAUCGCCAAGCCUGCCUCAACACCCUCGCGCCCAACUAAGAUUACCUUGCUUCGGAACUCCGAGGAGUCUCAGCUGCCCAAAGACGUCGCAAACAUACUCAGUUCCAAGGGCUUCGAGAUCGAUCACUGCAUCUGGGGCCAACAGUUGCCUGCGGACCAAGAUGUGAUCUCGUUCCUUGACCUGGGCAACAAGCCGCUGCUGCAGGAUCUGACAGAAGAGGGUCUCACCCAGUUUCUGGACAUGAUCGACUUACUCCCACAAGCAGCCGUUCUGUGGCUGACGCCACCAGCCCAGAUCCACGCCCAAGACCCUCAGGCGGCCCAGGUCCUCGGCCUGGCUAGAACCAUCAGGUCUGAACUGGCAAUGUCGUUUGCCACCCUGGAGCUCGAGCACACCGGCAAGGGGGCGGCCGGCGCUGUUGUCCAGGUCGCUCAGAAGCUACAGGAGUCAAAAGAGGAUAUCACGGAGCUGGAUCCCGACAUGGAGUACUCUUGGGUCAAUGGCGUGCUCAAUGUCAGUCGCUUCCACUGGAUCCCUGUCGAAGAGUCCCUGAGUGGCACUGCAAAGACGCCCGAGACCAAGGUCCUCAAUAUCGGGACCCCGGGUCUCUUACAGACGCUGAACUGGACUGGCCAGGCCCUUGACCCUCUUGCGCCUGAUGAAGUCAAUGUUAAGAUGUCGGCAGUGGGUCUGAACUUCAAGGAUGUUAUGAUCGCAAUGGGUAUCAUCCCUGGCGGAGACACCUUGAAGAAAGGAUCCAGUUCCCUCGGCCUCGAGGGCGCUGGGCGCAUCACUGCGGUAGGCUCCCAGGUCAGCAAUGUCGCCGUUGGAGACCGCGUCAUGACGAUUGGGUGUGAAUCUGUUGGUCUCGCAACUACCGUCCAGAGGCCAGCCAGCCUUUGCGUCAAGAUCCCGGAUCAGCUCAGCGACAAGGAGGCGGCUACGAUGCCGGUCGUCUACGUGACCGUUCUCAUGUUCCUUGUGGAGAAAUGGAAGUUGGAGAGGGGCCAAUCUAUUCUGAUCCACAGUGCUGCCGGAGGUGUCGGCAUCUGCGCCAUCAACGUCGCGCAGUGGCUCGGCGCGGAGAUUUACGCGACAGUGGGCACGGAAGAAAAAGCUGCCUUCCUGUUAAAGGAAUUUGGCAUUCCCAGGAACCGCAUUUUCAACUCUCGAGACAGCAGCUUCUUGAACGAUGUUAUGCAGGCCACCAAGGGUGUUGGUGUGGACAUGGUCUUGAACUCCCUGUCCGGCGAGCUGCUCCACACUUCAUGGCAGUGUGUUGCCCCUCACGGCGCCAUGAUCGAGAUUGGCAAGCGAGAUAUGAUGGGCCGGGGGCAACUCGCCUUGGAUCCUUUCGAGGACAACAGGACCUUCAUCGGAGGUGAAGUCGCUCGUCUCCUCGUCACCCACAAGCCUAUCAUAGCUCGUCUUCUAAAACUCACCGUCGACCAAUACCUGGAGGGUAACUUCCGGCCCAUCCUGCCAAUCACGACAUUCGAUGCAGAGCACACCGAGGAUGCCUUCAGGUUCAUGCAGAAGGGAACUCACGUCGGGAAAAUUGUCAUCAGGUUUCCUGGGGAUGAUACCCUUCCCCUGACUCCCGCUGUUCCAGCGCCCAAGUUCAGAGGCGAUGUCUCUUAUCUUCUCGUUGGGGGCUUGGGCGGACUGGGAAAGGCCAUCGCCGGUUGGAUGGCUUCGUACGGUGCCAAGAAUCUAAUGUUCCUCUCAAGAUCCGCCGGAAAGUCAGAAGAAGACCAGGCAUUCUUCAAGGAGCUCAACAUGAUGGGAUGCUCCACUCAGUAUUUCCCAUGCGAUGUUGCAGACCACGACGAAGUCCGAAAUGCCCUCGCCCAAGCCUCACUCCCAAUCGCAGGUGCCAUGCAGAUGGCGAUGGUCUUGCGGGACGUUGGUGUCCUAAGCAUGGACAUUGACUCCUGGAACACCGCCACGCGACCAAAGAUCCAGGGCACAUGGAAUCUGCACAAUCUCCUUCCAAAAGACAUGGACUUUUUCGUCCUCUUCUCUUCGGUCGGUGGAACCUUCGGCUACUACGGCCAGUCCAACUACGCCUCGGCCAACACAUUUCUCGACUCCUUUGUCCAAUACAGACAAAAGUCAGGUCUCGCCGCCUCCGUUAUGGACAUCGGCCCAGUCGACGACGUCGGCUACGUCAGCCGGACAGCUAGCACGCGAGAGACCUUGCUACAGACCUUGGAGACCCUCUUGACAGAGCAGAACUUCUUGGACAGCUUGCAAUUGGUCAUCGCCCGCUCGUCUCCCGAGUACGCCCCUCGGAGAUCCAAGUCCGCGCUGGCCGGCUACCAGAACCCAAGUCAUAUCGUGCAGGCCCUCGAGUCCCGCAUCCCGAUCAUGGACCCUCAGAACGGCAGCAUGUGGAAACGAGAUCCUCGUAUGUCGAUCUACCGGAACAUUCAGAAGACUUCGAUGGUGGAAGGGGGUGAGGUUGCCGAUCACCUCAAGCAGUUCUUGUCCAGUGUGAUGGCCGAUCCGAGCAAGCUCAGCAACAAAGAGUCCGCCGACACUAUAGCCCAAGAGCUCGGAAGGUGUGUGUCAAACUUCCUCAUGAAGGGAAACGAGGAGAUUGACUUGAGCUUUACGCUAUCAGCCGUUGGGGUUGACUCCCUGGUGGCCAUUGAAGUUCGCAAUUGGUGGAGGCAGAACCUCGGCAUUGAUGUUUCGGUGCUGGAGUUGAUGAGUGGAGGUACUAUUGAGCAGCUUGGAGAGCUGGCCACGAAGAGGUUGGCUGAAAGGUUCUCUGAUAAAUGA